AUGCCGAAGUUCCAACAUGCGCAACACGGCGUUCCGCAAAGGUCGCGGUCCUAUGGUGAUCGUCAGGGGUCUGAUCAGCGCGUCGAUGUUCUGGAACGUGGACCCGGUAAACGUGCAGGUUCAGCUGGGCGUGCUGUUCCAGGCAGUGCUGUUCCUGUCGCUGGACGAGGUCUCGCAGAUUCCAACGUCCAUGGCGGCGCGCGACAUCUCCUACUAGCAGAGCGGCGCCAACUUCUACCACGCGUCGUACGUGCUUUCGUGCUCGGCCUCGGUCUCGCAGAUGACGCUGCUGUUCGCAGACAUCAUCGAAUUCGGCCGCUGGGCUGGUGUAGUGGUUGCAAUGAUGUGGACUACUUAACGGAGUUCGGCAUGAAAAUGGUCGAGUACUACCUCUCGACGUGCCGUCGGCAAAGACAUGGAUCAUUUACGGUAUCAUCUUCAUGGUCGUGGUAUUCGUGGGUGGUGGUCACUACAUGUACAGGAGCGCCGGAACCGCUGGAGUAUAACUUUUACGAAAGCAUGGAGCGCACGAUUCUGGCCAAGAUGGCGGUGGACGAGAAUGAGGUCAACAGCUACGCGCUGCUGCGCGGGAAGAAUUUCAUGGUGACGGUGGCAUUCCAGGUCUUGUGGUACUUGAUGCUGAACCUGAAGAACCCGCAGAAGAACUUAAUGAGCGACUUCAAGAUGCCUGCAAGUUGA